UUCCCCUUCCUCUAUCCCCCUAUUCAAUACUUCUGCGUCGGGAAAGCAAACACAGAGCACACACUGAGAAGUUGGUUUGAUGGCCUCCAUUUUUAGCCAACCCGGCAGCUGCGUCAGAGUCCACCAGCGAUGCUGCUUUAACACUCUAAGAUUCUUCUCUUCGAAGCCUUCCGCUUCUAGUUCCAAUUCUCGUCGCCUUUUCCCGCGAAGAGCAAUCGGGAAAAGUUUCGCUCUCGAUGUUUCCAGAAGCUUCUCUCAAUCUCUCCGCCUCCUCAACGGCGAUGGCGUCCCCACUCUCCAUCACUUCGUCGCUCAAGCUUCCCUCACGGCCUCUCAACCACAUCCCGAAAUUUUGUCUAGUGAUGCACCAGCUUCGGAAAUUGCUUCAAAAGGUAGAAUUUAUCAUGAGACAUAUGGGUGUCAAAUGAAUAUAAACGAUAUGGAAAUUGUGCUAUCAAUUAUGAAGAAUGCUGGGUAUAGUGAAACUGUGGAAGUUCCUGAGAGUGCAGAGAUUAUAUUCAUUAACACUUGCGCGAUAAGGGACAACGCGGAACAAAAAGUAUGGCAAAGGCUUAAUUAUUUUUGGUUUUUAAAGAGGCAUUGGAAGAGCAAUGUAGCUAUAGGAAGGUCGCAGUCCUUGCACCCUCCGAAAGUGGUGGUGUUGGGAUGUAUGGCUGAAAGGUUAAAGGAUAAGAUCCUGGAUUCGGAUAAGAUGGUUGAUGUGGUUUGCGGGCCAGAUGCUUAUAGAGAUUUGCCAAGGCUGUUGGAAGAGGUUGAUUAUGGUCAGAAAGGGAUUAACACUCUUCUUUCGCUUGAAGAGACGUAUGCAGAUAUCAGUCCUGUCAGGAUUUCGAAAAAUUCGGUUACAGCUUUUGUUUCUGUGAUGAGGGGGUGUAACAAUAUGUGCUCAUUUUGUAUCGUUCCAUUUACUAGAGGUAGAGAGAGGUCUCGUCCUGUGGAGUCUAUAGUGAAGGAGGUUGGGGAGCUUUGGAAAGAAGGUGUAAAGGAGGUGACUCUUCUCGGACAGAAUGUGAAUAGUUAUAACGAUGAUUCUGGAAUUGAAAAAGAAGUUGAACCAGGAAGUAAUUGGGCAUUGAGUGAAGGCUUUAAAAGCAUGUGUAAGGUGAAAAAUAUGGGUUUGCGUUUUGCUGAUCUCCUAGAUCGACUUUCUACUGAGUUUCCCGAAAUGAGGUUCAGAUAUACAUCCCCACAUCCUAAAGAUUUUCCGGAUGAGUUGCUGUAUCUGAUGCGAGACCACCGUAAUAUCUGCAAGUCUAUACAUUUGCCUGCACAAACAGGGAGUACCACAGUGCUUGAAAGAAUGCGUCGAGGAUAUAGUAGAGAGGCUUACUUAGACCUUGUUCAGAAGAUACGCAGGAUCAUUCCAGACGUGGGAAUAAGCAGUGAUUUCAUAUGUGGUUUCUGUGGUGAAACAGAGGAGGAGCAUACAGACACGUUAAGCCUAAUAAAGGCCGUUGGUUAUGAUAUGGCAUACAUGUUUGCAUACAGCAUGAGGGAAAAAACUCAUGCCCACCGAAACUAUGUUGAUGACGUUCCUGAAAAAGUCAAGCAAAGGAGGCUUACAGAACUUAUCGAGGCUUUCCGUGAAAGUACUGGUCAACACUAUGAUGCUCAGUUGGGAACCAUCCAACUUGUGCUGGUUGAAGGCCCAAACAAGAGAGCUCCAGAUAUAGAGUUUAUUGGCAAAAGUGAUAGAGGCCAUAGAGUUUCAUUUAUCAAUCUUCCUUUGCAAGAUCGAGAUGAUCAAGUGGAUAACAAAAGGAAUCCUGUUGUUGGUGAUUAUGUAGAAGUUCUUAUAACAAAGACUACAAGAGCAUCACUUUUUGGAGCGGCACUUGCCAUAACUAAAUUAAGCACAUUUUACAACAACGUGGAGGAAGCAGCAGUUGCCUGUGGUAGCAGAAGUUGAAAACCAGAGCUGCCCUUUUACUGAUGUUGGUCCUGCCAAGGAAAGGGUAUGGGCACGAGAGCACGAGAGCCUAAGAAUACAGAGUAAAGUCUGAAAUUUUCUAUUUGAAGCUGCUGCUUUAACAUGGCUAAGAGGUGCUUUUCUGUAAUUUUUUUCAGAAUGUGGUAGAGAAUACAUGUCGAUACCAAUUGCCAUAAAGAGAGGAUAGAAGCAAUUGUGGCUGCGGAUUUUUCUUCU